UGUUUUCUCCACAGGGAAGGCUUCAUUGGAACGUUUUCACUUUCUGAACAGUUUGUUGUCAUUUCCGCCAAAACAGAAGACGGUGACCGAGGAAUGUACGUCCUUGAUGCAUUCUCAGGAGGAAUAAUACGUAUUUUAGACCAAGGUGUUAAUUGUUCUGAUUGCCAAUUUGUCAGUGACGAAGAAUGUGUUAUCCUCUCUGACGCUGCCUCUGGAGAUUCUAGUCUUCAACUAUUUAACGUCGAGUCUGGUGACCUGUUGAGCGUGAUCGACCUGGAAAGAGCAGUGUCUCAUUUAGCAGUCUGUCCUCGUAAACGUCUGCUCGCCAUUGACCAAAGUGACUCUGAACCCGGAUUUGAACUUAUCCAAGUGCAUUUGCCCCGAGAUAAAGACAGCAGGAAUAACAAAAGGAUGCCGGCCAACACACCACAGGUCGAAAAGAGCUCAGGAAAUAGGAGACGGCAUGCUGUUAGUGUAGAUUUUUUAGGGGCAUUUGCACACUUUUUUCAACCGCUCUUCGUAUCGCCUGCAUGUAUUUGUUUCGAGUUUUGAUUGGUUGACUAGAUUGCCUGUAUUCUUCGUGAUCUGUCUGAGUGAUUUCUUUGGUUUUGGACACUCAAUUGAAAACCUCUCUUAACUCUCUUUAUACAACUUGACUUAAAACUAUUAUUCAUAGGAUGGAAUGACAACCGCUUUUUUCUGUUAAAGACUCUUUGUUAUUAUUUUUAACCGGAUGCCGACCAACACAGCAGAGGUCGAAAAGAGCUCAGUAAAUAGAAGACGGUAUGCUGUUAGUGUAGAUUUUUUAGGGGCAAUUUUUCCAAUCAAGUUUCAAGCUCAAGCCUAUUGUUCACUCAGUUUUUUAUUAAAUUUUAUAUUUCUUGGUUCUUUCUGGUUGACUGCUUAAAGCAUGCCAACUGGCUUUCCAUGGUUUGUUACAUGCUCUCUGGGAGAAAGCUAAAAUAUUAAACUCACGUCUCAGCGAAAUUGCAAAUAGUAAUCACACGACUCAAAAAUGUUCGGUGUGUAGCCAGGCAUGUUAAAAAUUGGUAAAAAGGGAAUUAAAUGGUUGUCACUGGCUAAAAAUAUGGUUAUCGGACGUUUCGGCCACUACUGUUGCCUUCUUCAGCAAAAGAUGGAAAAUGCAAAUGUUUAAACGGCGUCCUGCUAGAAUAAGUAAUAGAUGUUUUACUUCCCUGUUAAAAACCGGGGGGAUAAUCUAAUACCACCAGGCUUAUAGGGGAGGCUAGCUUGAUUGUCAAUAUCUGUUUAAUAUCAAUAUGUUUAAUAGCUCAAUAUGUGC